AUGAGAGGUUCUCGCUCUUCAGUGUUUCAACUCCUGUUGGCGGUUGGGUCAGCCCGAGCUGUCACUCCCGAGGACUGCGCAUCGUUAGCGAGCCGUCUUAGUCUUCCCAAUACGACAAUCCAUGAGACAGCAUUCAUCACAGCAGGGACGAACAUUUCGCUCCCUGAUAACCACCCGUCGUGCGCCAUCCCCUUCCAAAUUUCCAGCGUUGAUAUCUGUCGGGUAGUCUUUGUCACUACUACCGGUCCGACAAGCAAUAUCUCCCUUGAGGCUUGGCUUCCAUCAGAAUGGAGUGGGCGUUUCUUGGGCACUGGCAACGGCGGUAUGAAUGGAUGCAUUAAAUACGGCGACCUCAACUACGGGGCCACACACCAAUUUGCCACAAUUGGCACCAACAACGGCCACGACGGAACGUCUGGUGCCCCGUUCCUCAACAACCCCGGAGUGAUUGAGGAUUACGUCUACCGCGCCGUGCAUCUUGAAGCUCAGUUGGGCAAAGAGAUUGUUCAGCAAUACUACGGCAAAGAGCACACCAAGUCAUACUACCUGGGCUGCUCCACAGGCGGUAGACAGGGGUUUAAGGAGGCCCAGAGCUUUCCGGAAGACUACGACGGUAUCGUUGCCGGUGCUCCAGCUUUCGAUCUGAUUGCACUCAUGUACUGGACUGGCCAACUUUUCCUCAAGACGGGGACCAAUGAGACUUCGCGGUUCCUCUCUCCCGCGGAGUGGGAGCUGGUGUAUGCCGAUAUACUGAAGCAGUGUGACGGAUUAGACGGUCUUGAAGACGGCAUCCUCGAAGACCCGAGCUUGUGCCAAUACCGACCUGAAGGACUCAUUUGCGCCAACGGCUCUUCUGAUAGCUGUCUGAGCGGAGAGCAAGCCGCUACUGUGCGGGCCGUCUUCUCUCCAGUCUACGGAUUGGAUGGGCAGUACAUCUUCCCCAGACUACAGCCAGGUUCUAACGCGACUGCGCGACUUCUCAACGGCCAGCCCCAUCAGUACCCCCUGGACUGGUGGCGCUAUGUUGUAUACAACGAUACAAACUGGAACCUUUCUACAAUGACCCCGCAGGAUUACGCUGUUGCUUCUAAGCAAGACCCGUGGAAGGUGUCGACGUGGGAAGGAGACUUAUCCGCUGCCAAGGACCGUGGAGUCAGAAUCCUGCAUUACCACGGUAUGCAAGACAAUGCGAUCAGCAGUGACAACUCUGAGAGGUAA